GUCAAUUAGACCAAGAAAGCUUUUCGAGGAAGAGGUUCUGGRCGACCUUAAAUUAUUAUUAUAAGAUCUGAAAAGAAAGGAAUUUUUCGUAGUUGCCUGAAUACUGAGAAGGUUUAGUAAAUGGAACAAGUACAUAACAUGGACAAAAAGGCACUUCUCUUCAUUAUUCUAUUUUCUGUUGGACUACAGGCACUAAAGGACACUSAAGCUAAAAUCAUUGAAAAUGARGUUAAUGUCUGUGAACAUGACCAAGCUAUUUUACCAUGUGGAGGCACGUCUGAUUCAAGGCAUAGAUGGAAAGUGCACAUCCCUCCUGAAAGGGGACGAAAGCGAGUCCCAAAUGAUCCUUCCAAAUAUGGUUAUARCAAUAGCUCACUUAUUGUGAAAAAUGUCCAACAAGCAGAUACCAAGAAAAAGUUUUAUUGUCAUACMUMCUCAACAAUUCAUCGUUACCGGGUAACAUAUAUCUACAGUCUAAAGAUCAUCUGCGAAGACUUGGAUGUUUACAGCGGAAGUCAACUCGCUUUGUAUUGUAAAGUAGAUAUACCWGAUAACGAUAUUCAGAAAAUUGAGUGGAAAUUCCGUGCGAAACAUCGUGGGAAAGCCAAAACAAUUUCUCCUCAAGCAACYAAAGGGAGAAUAACARUGACUGGAAGAAUGCUGAAUAUCACAAAUGUCACCAAGSAAGAUUGUGGAAUGUUGACCUGUCUUGUCUCUMGAAAAACAUUGGGUGUGAGUAGAGGAAGGUAUUUUUAUAACAUUUUUGURAAGAAGGCUCCAAAAAMCACCCYUAUGCCAUCUCAGACCAUUAUGACUUCARCAGAUAAAACCACCAAAAGUGCAGCUCAGACAACUGUGCAAWYUACAACUGGUGGUACCAUUGCCAAAACAAUAACAUUUCCUGAGAAACCAUCUACAACCAAACUUCCCCCUUUUCCAAAAAAUAAUCCAUCAGCAAAAAGUACCACAAAGGAGACUUUGCAAAAURAACAUUCAACAGAUCCCACAACAGAGAAUGUUAAUAACAAAGUUCAAAGAACUUUGACUAYGACCAGUAGUUCAAUUGCUGUUAAUUCUGGUAUUGRAAACCAAAAAGCAGAUGAAGCUACAACAYURAGAAGCUCAUCAGGAACAGUUGCAUCUGGAGCUGCACUUGUUGCAUGCUCAACACUAGCACUGGUAUCUUCUCUUUACAAAACAUGAAACAGUUGGACUGCAUAAAGUUGGAAGAAAUUAUUAGAAAAUAGGUGUAUAAGUGAUGAAUUAGCGCAAGUCUCAUUGCUAUUGAAGUAAAUGGCACUGGGAUUGCUAUAACCUGAGACAUUUUUGCUUGAAUUAGUAGUUAUGUCAGUAUGGGUUCCUGAUAUGUAAUCCCUUUGUGAUACCUGAUAGGUAACAAUCCCUUUUGCCUAUAUAUGGAACAGGAAGCCCACAUUUUAGACCAUUAGGAACUAUUGCCACAGUAWCCUAUACUAUUUAUAGGUAUUUAAAAGAAUAAUACCUUUAAUKAUCAAUAUUGAUAUAAAGUAAGAUCUCAACGUUUUUAGACUAUAGGUAGAUCAACAAUAUGUCAAUAAGUAUAUUAUGUAAAUACAAUUGUAAAUAGCUCAUUGUAAUUGUACAUAGAGAGAAWACCCAUGAUAUAAAACAUAGUCUAACCAAGAUUUGUAAGCUUAAGUAGCAUAAUACUCAACCAGAUUAAAAUGUGUAGAGAUUAAGCAAUUUACA